AUGUUAGAGUGGAGCAAAGAAAAUGGCAUAGUGUGGAACGAUCACCUCGAAAUCUAUCAAGAUAAUACUAGUGGUCAAUCGGUAAGAGCUAUCAAUGAUAUUGCUGCAGGUUCAUUGUUGGUCUCUGUACCAGAGUCAUUGCUAAUUCAUAUCAAUAAACCAGUAUCCGAGCAACUCUUAUCAUUAAGUUGUAUUGAUAAAGUAUUGGAUCUAUUGGAUAAUGUUCAGAGAUUGAUAUUUCAUAUCAAUGUAGAGAAAGCUAUCGGUGAGAAAUCAAAGUGGUAUCGCUAUCUCAAUGAUAUACCUCAGCAGUAUGACACAUCAUCUAUGUACACCGACGAGGAAAUCGAAGAUCUUACCUACCCAUACUACAAAGAAGAGGCAUACAAACUUAAACAUGAAUUGCUACAAUCCUAUAAUAGUUUUAUAGAUAUCAUAGAUAAUCAUUUUAAUAUAGACAAUAAUAACAAUAGCAAUAUUAGUAAUAACAAUAAUAAUAAUAAUAAUAAUAGUAUAGAUAGUUUUACUUUACUUAAAGAGAUAAAACAAAACUUAACUAAUUUAGAUAAUUUUAAAUGGGCAUGGGCAGUAAUACAAACAAGAACAUAUUAUUUUAAUAAUAAUAACUAUGUUAAUAAUAAUAAUAAUAAUAAUAAAAGGAAAUAUAGUAAUAGUAAUAAUAAUAAUAAUAAUAGUAGUAUACCGAUGGCAGAUUUAUUUAAUCAUCGUUAUGAUGUUGUGACUAGAGCUGUGUUCAACGAUGAAGAGAGAUGCUUUCAAGUGUUUACAGGAACAGAGUUUAAGAAGAACGAACAAGUUUAUAUAUCGUAUGGUAAUCAUUCGAAUGCUACACUGUUGCACUUCUAUGGUUUCGCCAUCGAUAACAACCCAUUAGAUUCGAUUGUCAUACCUUCUGACACAGCAAUACCCAUCGAAUUGAUAAAGAUAACUUCGAAAUCAGCAACCGACAAAGAGAAGAAAGAAUUUGAAAAGUUACUUGAAAGAAAGAAAGAAAUAUUAUUUGCUAAUGGUUUAACAAUUCAAAGUAAAUUUGAAUUGGUAAAUGAUUCUACUUUACCAUUUACAUGGAAUUACUUGGCUGUACUUAGAGUGUUGUUCAUGAAUGAAAUAGAGUUGCAUGCAGAGAAGCAUUUAAAUGUUUUCUACAAAGACGAGCCAAUCAGUAGAGCAAACGAUAAGUUACUAUCUAAUUACCUGAUAAAGUUAUGUGACCACCAUUUAUCUUUACUUCAAUCUUCUUCUUCUUCUUCACCUUCAUAUAACAAUAACAAUAACAAUAACAAUAACAAUAACAAUAACAAUAACAAUAACAAUAACAAUAACAAUAACAAUAACAAUAAUAAUAACAAUAAUAAUAUUAGAGCAAAUAUAAAAUCAAUGAAUAAUAUGAUAAAAGACAAUGCUAUCAAAAUGUGGAAUGUCGCAAAAAGAUUUUCAACGUCGCUUGUUGGUGACGAUGUUGCUGUAUCGAUUUGUUAUGUAGCCCAAAAACCUAGUAGUGGUUUGCGAUGUUCACAUCUUUCUUUGGUUAUUGAUUACACACCACCCUUUAUUAAUCCCCACAAAACCAAUAAUCAAUUUUAA